AUGAGGAAAGGCAAGGGGACGGCUUGCCUUUUCUCACGCCCCACCCUCAGAUCCUGCCAGAGGAAAGUUUCGCUUACAGUGGGGAGACAAGCGAACAUGGCAGCCUGUAGAUGGUUUUGGUGUGUCUCUGUGACCGUGGUUGUGGCGCUGCUGCUCAUUUACAAGGUUCCCGCGGCCUCUGCUCAAAGAAAGAAGGAGAUGGUGUUAUCUGAAAAGGUUAGUCAGCUGAUGGAGUGGACCAAUAAAAGACCUGUAAUAAGAAUGAAUGGAGACAAGUUCCGUCGCCUUGUUAAAGCCCCACCAAGAAAUUACUCCGUUAUUGUCAUGUUCACUGCUCUCCAACUUCAUAGACAGUGUGUCGUUUGCAAGCAAGCUGAUGAAGAAUUCCAGAUCCUAGCAAACUCUUGGCGAUAUUCCAGUGCAUUUACCAACAGAAUAUUUUUUGCCAUGGUGGAUUUUGAUGAAGGCUCUGAUGUAUUUCAGAUGCUAAACAUGAAUUCAGCUCCAACUUUCAUCAACUUUCCUGCAAAAGGGAAACCCAAACGGGGUGAUACAUAUGAGUUACAGGUGAGGGGCUUUUCGGCUGAACAGAUUGCCCGGUGGAUUGCAGACAGAACUGAUGUCAAUAUUAGAGUAAUUAGACCCCCAAAUUAUGCUGGUCCCCUUAUGUUGGGAUUGCUCUUGGCUGUUAUUGGUGGACUUGUGUAUCUUCGAAGAAGCAAUAUGGAAUUUCUCUUUAAUAAAACUGGAUGGGCUUUUGCAGCUUUGUGUUUUGUGCUUGCUAUGACAUCUGGUCAAAUGUGGAACCAUAUUAGAGGACCACCAUAUGCUCAUAAGAAUCCACACACAGGACAUGUGAAUUACAUUCAUGGAAGCAGCCAAGCCCAGUUUGUAGCUGAAACACACAUCGUUCUUCUGUUCAAUGGUGGGGUUACUUUAGGGAUGGUGCUUUUAUGUGAAGCUGCUACCUCUGACAUGGAUAUUGGAAAGCGAAAGAUAAUGUGUAUGGCUGGUAUUGGACUUGUUGUGUUAUUCUUCAGUUGGAUGUUGUCUAUUUUCAGAUCUAAAUAUCAUGGAUAUCCAUACAGCUUUCUGAUGAGUUGAGAAGGAUUCCAGAGAUAUGUAAACACUGCAGUAAUGGAAAUUGAAAAAUAAGAAAUGUGUGUGUGUUUGAAAAGAAGAAUGCAACUUGUGUAUUCUGUAUUACCUCUUGUUUUCAAGUGAUUUAAAUAGUUAAUCAUUUAACCAAAGAAGAUGUGUAGUGCCUUAACAAUCAAUUUCUUGUCAAAAUCAUGAAGUAUUUGGAAAUUAUUCUCCUCUUAACCUUUUCUUCCAAGUGAAUUUUGUGGAAUUUUUAAUUUUGUAGAAUUAAUUACAUUAUAAAAUUUUAAAACUACUACUUCAUUUAAUUAGAAGAAAGCUCAAAACUACUUUAGUUGCUUUUGGUUACUUUUGGUCAUCUGGUUUUAUAUUCUCUUAUUCAAAGAUGGGGAAUGAAAGUUGGGACCAGGUAUUCCCACAGAGGCCUGUUAAAGAUAAUCUGCAUCAGGAAGCCAUUCUUAGCUUUUCCAUAUUUGCAUGGAUGUGUAUAUUUUACAAACACUUAUUUCUGGGUCAAGAAAUCGUGUGUAUGGGGCUGGGAUGGUGGGUCAGUGGUAGAGUGCUUACCUGGCAUGUGUGAGGCACUGGGUUCAAUUCUCAGCACUGCAUAUAAGUAAAUAAAAUGAAGGUCCAUUGACAACUGAAAAAAAAUGUGUAUAUAUAUAAAAGAAAUUAUAUGUGCUACAUGGUGUAGUGAAAAUGCAACACGAUUCUUCAGCAUACAGGUCUAGCUUUUAGAAAGACCAGUCUUCCUUGCAUCUUUCCUACUGAAAUACAAUGCUAUCUAUGCUUCUUGACAGCUGUAGACAUUAAAAAGUAUCUCUAAAUACAGGAUUGUGAUUUCUAUAUGAGUAUGGUGUUGACUACCUUGUAUUUGGAAGGAUUUAAGAUUCAUUUUAUCUCCUUAGUUUUAUGUAAGCUGGUCCAUCUCUAAUAACAAUAUAGUUUAGUGAUAAAAAUCUGUGUAAUUUAUAACAUGGUCUAAAAUGUUUUUGUAGGUUAGAAAUUGUCCAUUUUUUUCAUUUUUACCUAAUAGAAAAAUAGGCUCAGUUGUAUUUAGAGAAAGGGCUCCCUUAGAAUGGGAAAAGAAAAUUAUGAAAUAUUGAAUUAUUGCCUGUAUGUAGAAAUUGUUUUGUGAGAGCUGUUCUGUUUUUGUUAUUAUUUUAGCCUUUAUUCUUCUCCUUUAAGUAAACAAACAAAGCUAGCAUGGUAGCAUGUGCCUGUCCCAGUCUGAGGCUGAGGUGGGAAGAUUAUUUGAGUCCAAACAUUCAAGGUCAGCCUGGACAAGAUAGUGAGUCCCCAUCUCAAAAGAAAUGUAAAACAACAACAACAGAGUACAGCUUCCUAGUUUGAAGGGUUUUGUUUGAAUUUUGUCUUUUUUUUUUCUACAGUAGAAAUAAUCAUAUGUGCUAACCAAAUUUCUGUAAGUUAUGUUUUUGUAACUAUCAUUAUAUAUCUAACUAUAACUCCCCAUACUUAUGAAGAAUAACCUAAAAUGCCACUAUUAUGAAAGUUUGAGAAUUGUAAUUUUAACGAAAUCGUGGCAGUAUUACAUUAAGAAGAUACUGUGAGCCAGGAACGGUGGCACACGCCUGUAAUCCCAGCAGCUCAGGAGGCUGAGACAGGAGUAUUGCCAAGUUCAAAGCCAGCCUCAGCAAUAUUGAGGCGCUAAGCAACUCAGUGAGACCCUGUCUCUAAAUAAAAUACAAAAUAGGGUUGGGGAUGUGGCUUGGUGGUUGAGUGCCCCUGAGUUCAAUCCCUAAUUUAAAAAAAAAGAAGAAGAAGAAGAAGAUAGAGUGGUUGCCUCCUGCUAUUUACUCUCUAACAUGGUCUAAAAGUCUUAUAUAACAGGCUGAGCACAGUGACUCAUGCCUCUAGUCUCAGCAUCUGGAGAAGCUGAUACAGGAUGUUUGCAAGUUUGAAGCUAGCCUGGACAACCUAGUGAGACCCUAUCUCAAAAAAAAAGGGGGGGGCUGCGGAUGUAGCUCAGUGGUAAAGCACCCCUGGGUUCAAUCCCUGUUACCCCCACCCACCUCUCGCCACACACACAAAGACUUAGAGUCUUAUGAAAGGAGAUGGCUAUAAUUGCCUCUGAAGAAAGGUUUUGUGUGAGUUUUUGUUUUUAUUUUGUUAGUAGAUUUGAUGGGUGCGGGAGGAUACUGAUGUUCCCCCCCAUCAUACUCUUUAAUGGAACCACUUUUUAGUUAAUUACUCCCCUGUAAAUUGGUGGUUCUGGAUUCCUUAUCUGCUAUUCUUGUACUUGUCUCAGGCCAAAUAAAUUUAUGCUGUGAUUCUUAUGAGACUUGUAUGAAGUUGCCCUAAUUUUCAGAUUGACCAGGGGAAUACUACUGCCAUAUAAUCUGUAUUGCUCCAGAUAAUUUGCCAUGGUCAUUGAAAUAAUGACAGUUUUUUGUAUUUCUUUUGUCUCCCUUUAAGAGCACAUUCUCCUCUAAGGAGAAAGCAUUCUGUCUAAAAAAUGUGGAAAGCAGAUUUGCUACACUUAAAGUAGUGUUCCUUUUGUGGAAAUUUUGAAAUUAGCUUUCAUCUGAAGUGCCUUAAGUAGACUCUUAAUUUUUCUAGUAAUGGUUUAAAUAUAAUUUGUUAUUCAUUUUAAAGAUAGUAUUAAAAUGACACAUGGGCAACCCUCUUGGGACCCCUCCCUUGUAGGAGCUCCAUUCUGUGUGUUUCAAAGAUAAAUUCUGUUACUUUACUCAUAAAAAAAUUAAAAUGACACAUUAUAGUGGCAAAAGUAACCAAAUGUCUGGCUGUUUACUUUUUUACCAUAUCAAUAAACUCUUACAAUCUAAAUUUUGAGUUUUUGAUUACUGGCUAAAGAGGGAUCAAUUUAAACACUAAAGGAAGCCAGUCAUGGUGGCACAAACUGACCCUGGGGCUGAGGCAAGAAGAUUGCAAGUUGGAGGCCAGCCUCAGCAAUUUAAUGAGACCCUGUCUCAAAAAGAUAAAACAGGACUGGGAAUAUAGUUCAAUGGUAGAAUGUCCUAGGGUUCAAUCAUCUGUCCCCAAAUAAACUAAAACUCUAAAGAAUAAUUGUAAAAUUAGAAUAUUCCAUUUUGAAAUUACAAUUAACUUAAAAUUUUAUUCUCCUUAGUGAUAGUGCAUUUGAUAGCACAAUUUCCUUAAAUAUUUCUCAACUGAGAUACAUUCUAGGAAUGCAUACAUGGGCCUUUAUAAUGUGACCCAUUAGAUUAAUAAAACAUCUAAGAUGAGUAGACAAAUGGUUGUUUUCAAUACAUGAUUUACUUUUUGUCCCUGUCCAUGAACACCACUCCUUGACUAGAUAAUUCUCUUUUGAUAGCAAAAAAAUAGAUUUGAAAGUGUUUCCCUUGCAGAUUAUCAAGUUAUAUGAGACUGGACAAGAAUAUAUUUGUAAAUGUGGAGUAGAAACACCAAAAGAAAUAAACAGAUCUGACUUUUAGUCUUUGUUCUAUCUCUGUCUAGUUCUAUGACCAUAGGCAAGUCACUUGAACUUCUCUGGAUGUAUUUCUUUAUCCUAAGAAAUGUGUUGGAAUAAAUCAUUUCUGUGUA